UCCAACAGUCCGAGCGCGGAUACUUCAAGAUAGAAGACGGACAACUGAUAACCCCGAGGACAUUUGGCAAUGAUAUUUGUGGACAAGGAGGAACGUACACUUAUCUCCCCUUGUCAUUCGUCAAGAACACAUCCAGGACUGAUUUUGGAAAACACGAGAACGUUCUCGUUCACGAAUGGGCACAGCUACGGUGGGGCGUGUUUCCGGAAUAUGGUACCGAUGAGGAAGCCAAAGGGCAUUUCUACCAAGCUGGAGGGAAGUGGAAACCCACACGCUGCAGUGAGAACGUUCAAGGUCGUGUGGGGUUCGGUACUAAUUGUAAGGCUAGUUCGUGGUGUGAUACAAAUGAUUCAACACGACGUAUCCACCCCGGUUGUCGAUUCUGUCCUGAUCUUACACAAUCGGUAGCAGGGGCGUCCAUUAUGGACAACCAAUUCGUGGACCAACUGGACCUGUUUUGUGACGACAGCGAAGGUACACCUGCAGCGAAAAGACACAACAGACUUGCAACAAACAAGCAGAACCUGUACUGUGACCACAAGAGCGUGUGGGCUGUCAUGAGGGAACAUUCUGAUUUUACUGGAGUCCACAGUGAACGUCUCCCCAUACACACCGACACUACACCAGUAUUCACCGUUUCACAAGAAACAAAGAGCAGAAAGGUGUUUGUCCUGGAUAAAUCUGGCAGUAUGGAAUUGGACACACCAAUGAGGAUAGUACGCUUGCAUGAAACUGGAAAAUACAUAAUAGAAAGUGAAGAGGAGAUUUGUGCCGAUAGCUACCUCGGAAUCGUGUGGUUUGAUUCAAGCGCAUCUGUCAAGAAAGCUAUUACUAAGGUCGAUAGUGAAGCCACGAGGGCUGUUCUAGUUGAUGCUCUUCCAACGAUUCCCGAUGGCGGUACAUGUAUCGGAUGUGGACUGAAGCUUGCUAUAGAUGAAAUCAUAAAAACCUUUCCCACGUCCUCAAAACAUUCUGAGAUUAUUCUUAUGUCUGAUGGCGAAGAGGGGACGAACAAUUUAACAAUAACAGAGCAAGCAACCAGAGCGAAAGAUCUUGGUAUACUCAUACACACAGUCGCUAUCUCAAACCAGUCUUCUGUACGACUCGCCGACGUUUCGAAAAUUACUGGUGGGAAAAGUCUUUUUCCGGAGAUUGGAGGAACUAUUACGUUUGUUUCUGUCUUAUCCAAAGCAUUGUCGAACAGUAUAACCGGGGGCGGAUGUAAAUCAGAGGAGAUGAGAUCAGGGACGUUAAAGAACAGCAGCGUGUUGAAUUUUUAUUUCACUAUCGAUGAUGGGCUGGGUUUAAACACAACAGUUGUCAUAUUUCCAAGCAACCCUGGCCUAAACUUUGACUUUGAACUAAGAAGAGAGGAGGGCUUUCUUGAGAAAAGUUUAAAUAUAAGUGAGACACCGAUAAUGGCACGGUUGACUGGAAAAUUAACAAAAGGGACAUAUUUUGUUGUUGUUAAAACAAAGCCUGAUAUAGCUAUAAAUUGGGAGUACGAUGUGAAAUCUAAAUCAAAGGAUAACCAUCAAGUUACCGUAACGACUCGUUUCUCCGACGACGUGGUUUAUACGGACGUAUUGAAGGGGAAUGCUCCUGUUUUGAAUGCAAACGUCGUCGCCACGUCUGGAUCAUGUUUUGUAAUUUUACGGGACAAUGGAAUAGGUAAAGACAUUACAGCAGGCGACGGAACUUAUACAGGACAGUUAACAUGUCCCAAAGAAGGCCGGAGUGAAACCCGCGUCACUGUGAAGGCAAAUUCAAUCAUUAUUGUGACUGGCAUUGUCGGAGCCGCAACAUUAAACCCAGAGGCUUUUGAAGAAAUUGUCAUUGAGGAAAGUUUUGAAAGGUUUUCACUUGUUGAGGAUGCAAAUUUAUCUCCAACAACAAUAGGGGAUACUACUUCCCCGGGAAAGAUUACUGAUCUCAGAAUAGAAGAUGUGGAAACGAAUGGAAACACCCGACAUUUUACAAUACGCUGGACAGCAACAGGUGACGACAGUUACAAUGGCCAAGCAACAACUUAUCAACUUCGCUACGCAAACGACUUAGACAGUUUGUUAAAUAAUUUUGGAAAUGCGCAAGCUCUGGACAUUGGUCAACAUAACCUUUAUCCGAGAGACUCAGGCGAAGACGAGGCUGUCGAUAUUUCUGUAACAGCUGAAAAAGAAUUUAACGAGACAGCCUUUUUGGGCAUUAGGGCUUUGGAUGAGGUUGGAAAUGGGGGAGCUAUGUCUAAUAUUGUGUCAAUAGUGAUAGCAAAUGGAUUUAACAUUUCCUUCAAUGGAAGAACAAAUCAUACGUACAGUCCUCCUCCUCCUAUCAAAGAUGAUGAUAAAACCAACAUGGGUUUAAUUAUUGGUGUUGUGAUCGGAACAGCAGUGCCGGUUAUUAUCCUCAUUGCAGCAUGCGUCGUUAUAAAUCUAAGAAGGCAUAAACUGAAUAACUCACACUCCACCCGAGAUCCACGAAAGGAAGAAACCGGCGACAAUCCGGCAUUCUCUGAAGGCAAUCGAGCAUAUAACCAUCAAACACAAACUGCAUACGUCUACAAGGGAUACCGAAGUCAUGGUCAAAUGGUGGUUUAUUAACGUCAUUUGAAUUGUAAUAAACUUUAGUAUUGUCAUUUUGGUUGUAUGAUAUGAAGCGUUAUAAUCACUCUGUAGAAUCUGAUUACGUUUUGUAGAUAUUACGGACUUCAUUUUUCUUCUUCAUUAUACAGAUUAGUAUAUGUUUAUGUUUUAUUGACAUGUUUUUGAUAUUCGCAUGUUUACAUUACUUGAAAAGUUACCAUGUUUUAACCAUAAUAUUUUGUUCGAAAUAAAAGCAUUUGCUUGCUUACAUGGAAAUUGGGUUUUCGGAUAUUGUACACGCUCAAAAUACAAACGCGAGGAUAAACGAUAUCGAAUUUGAAACAAAUGAACCCUAACUAACGAUGGGGUGGACAUAUAUUAAAGAAAACACUGACAAAAUCAUGCAAAAGCGUUUACGGAGUGGGAAGAAAGAUGGUUUUUACAACCGCAAUGAGCUGUUUUUCCUUUGUGAAUAAAGUUAAACAGAAAGUAAUGCUGUCUUGUAUCUUUCGAAUUUCUUUAACUUUUAAUAGAAUUGCCGUUUGUUCUAGGUACCGUAUGUGAACACUUGGGCUGCCUGUAUUUUAUCCGUCGAGACCAUGACAAUGCAUUGAAGAUCUAAAAUUAUAUGUGAAGUAUGAUAAAGUGGUCACAUCACCACCAUAAAAUUGUUUUGCGUAAAAUUCUGCAUUGUGUUUAAGAAUUUUUACGAAUAUUGUAAACGUUUUUAAUCACACGAAUACAUUACGAAUAAACAGAAGAGUGGAACUAAUUCUGGUAGUUAUACAAAUAAUAUGUAUGUUUGUUUAAAUGUUUUGGAGCUCACAUCAGUCAAACAGUAUAAAUUAGUUAAGUAAACGUGGUACGCCAUGAUAGUAAGUUAUGCUUUGUUAUAAGUUUUAAUCCACAUUUCGUUAUAUCUGAUUUUAGUGAUGUUGAAAAUCAAUAUGACUAUACUAUCAAUGUUAAAGAUGCACUCCUACUCCCAAAUAAGAUUGACCACAAUUAAUACAUUUGUUUUAAUAUACAACAAAGGAUGAAUAAAUAUUGAAAACAAUGAUUUUUAUGAUGGACAUCGAGAUAAAAUUGAAAGAAAGAUGCAGAAAACUCGUUAUUUCUAUCUUA